UUGACUUCAGUUGACUGCAGUUGACUUGUUGUUUAUACGUUGCAUUGCGUCAAUACACAUUUGUUGUAACCUAAAAAAAUAUUUUAUAAUAAUUAAUAAAACAUACACAUCAAGAAUAAAUUUUUUUAAUAUAUUAAAUUAGUUAUUUAAUAAAUUGUAUAAAAAUCAUCACAAAAAUGGAUGUACAACGACACAGUGUUCAUACAUUAGUAUUUAGAUCGUUAAAAAGAACUCAUGAUGCAUUUUUAAAUGAUCAAGGACAAUUACCACCAACAAAUAUUGAAUUAGAUAGAUCUAAAAAAUCAAUAAAAUCAAAAGAUUUAUACAGACCAAUAUUAGAACGUGUACGUAAAAAUGAAAUGAAUAAAAAAUUAAAUACAAAUGAUAAACAAGAUACAACAACAACAAAUAAUGAUACACUUGAAGGUAAUGACAAUAAUAUUGUUGCAUUAACAAAUAAUAAUAGUAAUAAUAAUGGUAUAAUAAAUUCAACAAUAAUGAAUGGUUCAUCAUCAUCAAAUGCAAUGGUAUUACCACAAAAAAAAAUACCAACAAUGGUUAAACCAAAAUGGCAUGCACCAUGGAAACUAGAUAAAGUUCUUAGUGGACAUUUAGGUUGGGUACGUUGUGCUGCUGUUGAACCAGGAAAUCAAUGGUUUGGUACUGGUUCAGCUGAUAGAAUUAUAAAAAUUUGGGAUUUAGCAACUGGUAUAUUAAAAGUAUCAUUAACUGGACAUAUUAGUACAGUACGUGGUCUUGCAUUUUCACAUAGACAUCCAUAUUUAUUUUCUUGUGGUGAAGAUAAACAAGUAAAAUGUUGGGAUUUAGAAUAUAAUAAAGUUAUACGUCAUUAUCAUGGACAUUUAUCAGCUGUUUAUACAAUGGCAUUACAUCCAACAAUUGAUGUAUUGUUAACUGCUGGUAGAGAUGCAACAGCAAGAGUAUGGGAUAUGAGAACAAAAGCAAAUGUACAUACACUUGUUGGACAUACAAAUACAGUUGCUAGUAUUAUUUGUCAAUCAUCUGAACCACAAAUUGUAACUGGUAGUCAUGAUCAAACAAUUAGAUUAUGGGAUUUAGCAUCUGGUAAAUCACGUGCAACAUUAACAAAUCAUAAAAAAAGUGUUAGAUCAGUUGUAUUUCAUCCUGAAUUAUAUAUGUUUGCAUCAGCAUCUGCUGAUAAUAUUAAAGAAUGGAAAUGUCCAGAUGGUAAAUUUAUACAAAAUUUAUCUGGACAUAAUGCUGUUAUAAAUUGUAUGGGUGUAAAUUCACAAGGUGUAUUAGUAUCUGGUGCUGAUAAUGGUACAAUGCAUUUAUGGGAUUGGAGAACUGGUUAUAAUUUUCAACGUCUUCAAGCACCUGUACAACCUGGUUCAAUGGACAGUGAAGCUGGAAUAUUUAGUAUUACAUUUGAUAUGUCUGGCACACGUAUGAUUACAACUGAGGCUGAUAAAACAGUUAAAAUAUGGAAAGAAGAUGAUACUGCUACUGAAGAAACACAUCCUGUUAAAUGGAAACCAGAUUUAAUUACAAGACGUAAAUUUUAAGUAUCAACAAUGAAUUUUUAAUUUGAAAAAUAAGAUUUUUAAUAAUAAAUAAACUCAAUGUAUAUUAAAUUAAAUAAAUUUUAUUGUCUUUUAUUUUUUUUUUUCAAUUUAAAAAA